UCGAUCCAUGUACUCGCGUUGCCGAUCUCGGAAGUACAUCGUAUGCACGCAGGACUAUUUUUAGCAUACGAGAAGUGUGCCGUCGAUGAGACUAACAGCAGGUUGUGUAGGCUGCGCGUGGUGUUUCAAUACAGUAGACACGUCACACUUGCAUCGUAUUGAACUAUUCAUCAUGUUCCACAAGAAAUGUUGAAGUUACCAGCAUCUUUCUUGUCGCACAAUUUACUUCCGCUGUUGGGCUUCCAUUUCAAAAUAAUAUUACCCAUCAAAACUUCGAAAUAUUUGCCAUUCACUAUACCCGAUUUUGUUUUAAAUGUAAUGGUGCUUAUAAUGCCAUUGUCGAUGUGUCUGUUCGGGACAAUUCUGCUAGCACUGUUUGCAGUGGAACUGGCUCAGGAAGACGUCGAAAACCCUGCCACAACCCCCGAAGAAUUACUGUGCCUGCGUGGCAAGUUUAGCGAAGCGGCCUCUUUGACGGAUGAGGAGAAGAUGACGGCUGUCUUUCGCUGCUUCCCAUUUGUAAGCAAAAAGUUUGAAGAGCAAUUGAGGGAAUACGACGACCUGAAACAGCGUCUGGAUCACGUAAAGCAGCGCAGACUGGCACUGCAGUCUUCGAAGUCGACACCGGAUGCCGCACACUCUGAACUGAAAGACUCGUUCAAAAGGAAGAUACACUUUCGGGAUCUGUUGUGGAUGAGGUUGCAGGCGUUUUAUGAUAAUAACGGAUAUGUUAUUGGAAUACCGAAAGCUCUUGCCGCGUUUGUUAUCGUGCUCUUUGCAGCGUCAGUAGUGUGUGGUUUGCUUUUGCGUUACAGUGACGUUCAGCCAGUGCGCAUUGGUGUCAUGGUGUUUGUCGGGGUUUGUGUUGUCGGUGGUCUUGUUGCUUAUUGGCUAGUCCCCGGAAUGCGGGUAGAGCGGAUUGUUAGGGAAGAGUUUUAAGCAGAUUUUGUUUUUAUGUUCUUUUUAUGUUUGAGGGGAAAAAGCAGAAAAAUAUUGAAUAAAAUCAACACACUUGCUUGUAGAGCGGACUCUUAAGUGGGCAAUUUUCGACAACAGUCCAACAUCCAUGGUCAUAUCUUACGCGCGUAAUUCGUUUUCAGUUUCCGUUUACGGCGCCUUUGAUGGAGGUCUUCUUUAGACUCCUUUUCGUUUUCACUCGUAUUAAUUUAC